GUCAUCUGGCGGUGUUGCUACUGGUAAGUCCUACUGGAUAAGCCGUGGCGUGUGGAGCGGCUACAAAAUCCCUUCAUCCAUAGUGGUUUUUUCGCUAAUUAUUUAUCCUGUCUCACCAUGCUGGUGCGCCUUAUCUUAUCUAGUAUAUUGACUUCCCAUUUUCUUUGCUGAAGAAGUCACUGGACAUCCAGACGGGGUUAGUGUAAUCUCCAGUAGAAGCCUAUGCUUUCCUUACAGUACUCUUAUAUUCAAGAGCUUUGCUUCUAGUACUAACAUGCGUAACCUACGACAAGAACGUAUAAACAUCGUUCCAAGUUAAGGGACCAAGAGAUAAAAUAUAACCUUCGUAAACACACUCAGUUCUAUAUCUUUUGAACAGCAUACUACUUUGUCAGUUAUUUCCCAUUGGCUUAAAUACUCUGGUCGAGGUACAUGCCCCGUAUCCUUAGACAGCGGUGUCAAGUCACCAGUCAUAUUUAAUCGGUUUGUCUACUUCAACAUACUUCCAUAAGAAACUGCAACAAAAUGGGUAAGAAGAAAGGUUAUGGGAAGAGAAGUAGUAGUAGUAGUAGCAGCAGUAGUUCCAGCAGUAGCUCUGGUGGCAGGUACAGGCCUGAACGAAUUGAGAAGCGACGUUUGAAGUACAGAAAAAAAAUGAUGAAAAAAAACCGUUGUAUUUGCGGAUAUUGCCCUCAUGGUGUUCUAGCCUGCGACCAAAACUUUAUGCAAAGAUAUCAGCAUGGGAUGACAGGAGGAUAUGGACCAGGUGAACAAAAUAUUGGAGGUGGUUAUCAUAAACACAACCCACUUUACCCCAAUCCCAUGACACCACAAUAUCCACCUGCACAGCCUUUCAACCCCAUGCAACAAGCUUCAAUGAUGCCACAACAACCUGCAGUCUUUCCUAAUCCUGGUUCGUUUCCACAAUCAAAUUCAUUCUCUCAACCUGGAGGCUCUCACCAAACAGGUUAUUUUCCGCAACCAGGAAUGCCACAGCAAAAUUAUGGUCCAGGUCAUCAUGGAAACCAGCCAUAUCCCUCUUAAUUUUCUAAAUCCUUGCAGUACGCACAUAUCUCCUAUGACAAGAAAAACAACAAGAUAUUUGUUUGUAAGACUCUUGUCGUAUAUUCUAUUUAGAAACGUAAUUUAUUUUAUACCUUUAGAAUCUUCUGUUAUUACUCUGUAAGGAAAUAAAAGUACUAAACAAGUCA